ACCACUAGAACUAGAGAAAACAAGACCUCGCGCCGCCAUCUUGUAAUCGUAGAGUGUCAUGGCGCCGCAAGAUGGCGCCGGCGCGCCAUUUCCCGUACAAUUACGAAAAGCAUAACUAUAUAUCAGCUGAUUACUCCAUUCUUCAGCACGGAUUAUUAAAUUCGUUUGUAAAUAAUAAUAAAAAAUCAAACAAACUUGGGGAUUUAUUCGGUUUGAGAUGAUGGUUAUAGUCAAUCGUUUGAGGAAGUGAAAAUUGUUUUUUGAGGCAUGUCCACGGAAUUUUGGAGCAGUUUUUUUUAUGAGUGAUGGGGAGACGUGAGUGAGGCUGGAAUAUGGGUAAGAGGACAGUGAGGACACUGAGAGUCGAUUGAAUUUGAUUUUUUGAGUUUCCGGAGGGAUUUAGGAUGUUGUCGGAGGUCGAUGUUUUUAUUAGUAAUUACACCCUGGUGGAUCCUGAGGUCUAUCAGCUCUGGGUGGACGGCCACACUUCAAGUGAUGCAGUUGGAGUUCUGCAUCAACGAGGCAUUUGCCAACAGACGAAUGCUCCGAUAGAACUGGUGGCAUCCGAUGUACUCGAUCAUUAUCGUACAUACUCCCUUCUCGAGAGAUUACUUCACUCACCCCCAAAAUUGGCUAGUGAACAAUUGGCCUUUCAGAUCGAACCACAAACUAGUCAAAUGUUGAUAGAAAUGUACUACGAAUUCGAUGACUCGGUGAUUCGUGAACUCCUGGGGAAGAAGUUGACGUCAAAGAGUCGAAAAGACAUGGACGAAGUGGCUGACAAAACCGGAAUCAUGUUAAAGAGCUGCAGGCGACAAUACGACAAUGUCAAGAGGGUUUUCAAAACUGUCGAGGAUUUGCCUGGCUCUCUAGCCACAAACAUAAAACAAAAUUUUUUAUUGCCAGAUGAUUUAGCAAGACGUUACGCAGCAGUAGUCUUCAUAGCUUGCUUGCGCUUUGAGAUGAGCAAAAGAAAACUGCAAUUCCUGACAUUCCCCGAUCUGUACCACUGUGCAAACGCCAUGAUGGCCUCGUGGACAUAUCGAUACACAGGUUCCGAGUACUUCGAUACCGAUCUGGACAGGGAAUUCCUCCUGGAGUUGGCUGAGUGCCGAGUUCUCCUGGAGAACGAUAAGCAUCACAAGCAUCUCGUUUGCAUCAAAUUAAAACCAACUCUCCUUGAGAGAUCCUAUCAGGAGUUGGAUUUGAAUUUUCGUUCUUAUUCACGAGCUCUACUGGGCAUUGCCUGCAGUCUGCACAGAUCCCGAGAACUGAGAUUUCUAUUUCUAGAGUUAGUGGAGAGGUGUAUUGAACCUUGGAGACAAGUCAACUGGUCGCAUACAGAUUUGAGAAAUUUUUUGAGUGCAUAUACUCAGUGUGCACUUGAUCUGGACGUCUUGAGAGAGGGAACCUUGCGAGAUGCAUUCGAGCGUUACAUGAAAGUAGUAACGAGCUGUCUACUGCGAAUGUACCACACGUGACGACUGACAAACGUCUACCCAGACGUAAUAAUUGUUGAGAAUACCCCGGACGAGGAGAGUCGAUAAAUCAUAUAUUACAAUUUAUUUGUCAUUGUUAAAUCGUUCUUUCCUUCUCUCUUUUGCGUAAUAAAUAAUCAAUAAUAACAUG